AUGGUGAUGGUUGCGCUGCGCUGCGCUGCCGACCGUGCUGGAAAGUCUGGGACGGACGAUCCCGGACCGCACGCUCACCUCACUCCUUCGCUCCUCUGGCAUCCUUUCCGCAGACCCCCUCCCUCUCGAGCUCCGCUCCGCUCCUCUCCUCUCCUCAUCCUCGGGUCGUCAGUGGUCGCUGGCGAGCUGGUCGCUCGACGGGCGCGGACGCAGUUACCGACUGCGCUGCUUCGCCCGCGCCACGCAACCUGCCCCAACCCUCCCUGGCUGGUCUGUGGCUCCCAGUCGCGCGGUCUUCCACCAGGCGCUACAGACCCAGACCCGCUAGCAGCCCACAGUCCCCACCCCGAUCCCCUGCCAGCCAAGACGCAAGCUUCCCAGUUCUUCCCCCCGCCCACCAGUCAGAGGCCGCCGAAGCGGCAACCGACUGACAUUCGUGUACCCGGUACCUACCAACUACCCGCAGCAAAGGCGUACGAGCACACCAACACACUACGUACAGAAGUCUGUCGCCGCCGCCGUCCUCGUGAGGCUGGAGCAAACAAACAAAAAUCUUUGGACGCCGAAACGACCGCACCGCUGCUGUCCGUUGCCGCCGCCGGCCUGUCCUUUCGAAGCGCCCUCGGCACCCGUAAAAGACAUCUUCUCUCUCUCGGCGCCGACUUGGUCGCCCUGAUUUGA